AUGGCUGUCAACCAGGUGUUCAUGCUCCAGGGCGAUUCAAUGCUGAACACACCUCUGCUGUUGACAGAUAUGAUCAAUGAUGGUGUCAGGCUGUUGAUCUAUGCUGGUAAUGCGGGUGAAUAUGAUGUGCAAUUACAUGGUGCAUAUGUAACUGGUUAUCUUUUCAGGCACAUGGCUCCUUACGACCAACCUGAAGCUGCCUUGGUGGAUCAUGGACAUUGUCUAGCUGUGACUGGUCCUCUUCCUACCGACCACAUACUCCCUCACCAUUCUUAUGUUUCUAGCCAGAUCGCACCUUUUGCCUGCCAGCUUGUAGGACAGUGUGGUGCUACUAACAAGGAACUACGCUAUGACUCCAACAAGCUUGAAGCUGUGAGUACCACAUUGCUUGGAACUCGCCUGAAAAGCGGAUAG